AGAAAAGACAACGCAUACCCAUAUAAACACAAACACAACCAAAUUCUCUCUGUUUUUUCAUUUAUUUUUUUACUCAAAAGUUUCGAAACCCUAAAUUUCUUUCACAGAGAUCGGCCAUGGCUUCCACUAAAGAACGGGACAACCUCGUCUACGUUGCUAAGCUCGCUGAGCAGGCCGAGCGCUACGAUGAGAUGGUGGAGGCAAUGAAGAAUGUUGCAAAACUUGAUCUUGAAUUGACUGUUGAAGAACGGAACUUGCUUUCCGUUGGUUACAAGAAUGUUGUUGGUUCUAGGAGAGCCUCAUGGAGGAUCCUAUCAUCAAUAGAACAGAAGGAAGAAGCGAAAGGAAAUGAAGUUCAUGCUAAGCAAAUUAAGGAGUAUCGCCAUAAGGUUGAAUCAGAGCUCUCUACCAUUUGUAGUGAUAUCAUGACUGUCAUCGAUGAACAUCUUAUUCCAUCAGCUACUGCUGGUGAAUCAACUGUAUUCUACUAUAAAAUGAAAGGAGACUAUUAUCGUUAUCUUGCAGAGUUCAAGUCUGGUGACGAGAAAAAAGAGGCUGCAGAGCAAUCAAAGAAAGCAUAUGAGGCUGCUACAACAGCCGCUGAAGCUGAAUUGGCUCCCACACAUCCAAUCCGGUUAGGAUUGGCUUUGAACUUUUCAGUCUUCUUCUAUGAGAUCAUGAAUUCACCUGAAAGGGCCUGCCACCUUGCAAAGCAAGCUUUUGACGAAGCUAUGUCAGAGCUUGAUACUCUGAACGAGGAUUCCUACAAGGACAGUACACUAAUCAUGCAACUUCUAAGGGACAACCUCAAUUUGUGGACUUCUGAUAUCCCAGAGGAUGCAGAAGAUUCCCAGAAGAUUAAUGGCACCGCCAAGGCGAGUGGGGAGGAUGCAGAGUGAUAGCGUCGGGUGAGAGUUGCUUUGCUAUAUGUGUAUGAUGGAUAAAAGAGGAGAUCUGCUUCUCGUCACGGUCAACUUUGGUGUUUAGCUUUACUAGAUCAUUGUUUUUCAUCCCUUUCUUUUUUGGGUCCCAUAUUAUAUGUUGUGGUUUAUUAUAGAAUUCAAUCUGGACUUGGUUGGUCUGGUCUGCAUUCUACCAUCUUGUUCUUGAUGUUAUGUUGGAUGGAGUGCAGGGGAUUGAUCCCAAUUGCUUAGGGUGAUUUUCUUGUUUUUAUGAAAAUGCCGUAGCCCAGAUGGAGGCUUGUACUGUUUGGCUUAUCAUUAACAGUUUUAACUUUCUUA